ACACCCACGAAAGAAUCCAGGUACUGUACCCAUCGAUCCAAGAAUUCCAUCAAUUCCCAUCCAUUCCAUCACGUCACCCUACCGAGCAAACCCAUAGAUGCCAACGACGACCGCAAAUACGACCGCAAAGAAUUGAUACCGCAACAACCCGCAACCGGACCACCGCUGCUACGAUACGACUCCGGUUGGCAGAACAACCAUGUUCCCGUCCUUCAUAACGUCCGUCUUCUUCGGGGAGAACGCCUCCCAGCGGGGGACCCGGUCGAGCGAGCCCAUCACGGAAAAGACGACGGUCCGGGGAACCAUCCACAAGGAGGGGAUCGAGUCCUACGCCUUUUCCGGCAUGCAGGGCUGGCGGGUCACGAUGGAGGACGCCCACAUGGUGCACACGAGCAUCCCGGUCCAGGGCCGGUCGGAGCCCCUCGGGAGUGGCCACGCCCUCUUUGGCGUCAUGGACGGCCACGGGGGGGACUUCACCUCGGACUACGCGGCCAAGAACUUUCUGAGGCUCUUCUCGGUGAGCCCCCGCCUCCGCAAGUACGCGGACAUGAGCGCCUCGGACCAGUCGAGCGUCCCCGGGAUCGAGUGCCUCCGGCCGGCCCUCACCGAGACCUUUGGCCGGCUGGACGCGGAGAUCCGCAAGCAGCAGAACCUGCGGAACGAGCAGCGGUUCCUCGGCCAGCAGCAGCAGCAGCAGCAGAAGGAGGCGGCCCCGCUUUCCUCCGGGCAUUCCCGGGUCCGCUACGAGCGGUCGGGAUCCACCUGCUGCGUGGUCCUGGUCACGCCCUCCCACAUUCUCUGCGCCAACGCCGGGGACUCCCGGGCCAUCCUCCGGCGGGCCGGAAGGGUCCUCCCCCUCAGCUUCGACCACAAGCCAAACAACGCCCCCGAGCUGGAGCGCAUCCACAACGCCGGCGGCUUUGUGAGGUGCAAGCGCGUCGACGGAGACCUGGCGGUCAGCCGGGGCCUCGGGGACUUUACCUACAAGGGGAACGAGAUGCUCCCCGUGGACCAGCAAAAGGUCAUUCCCAACCCCGAGUUUGUCUGCUACCCGAGGAGCAAGAACGACGAGUUCAUGGUCCUGGCGUGCGACGGCAUAUGGGACGUGGCCAACAACGAGCAGUGCGGGUCCUUCGUCCAGAGCCUGCUGGACGAGGGGGAGCCGGACCUCGGCCUGAUCUGCGAGGAGGCCAUCGACACCUGCCUGGACAAGAACAGCCGGGACAACAUGACGAUCGGCCUGGUCUCCUUUGGGGGCUGCAAGCUGCAAAGGGGCGGCCUGGGCCUCAACAACGCCAUAUGGCAGCGCCGGACGGCCCGGCAGGCCCGGUCGCUCCAGCAGACGGCCAAGAAGGCGGCGACAAGGGCGGCGAGCAACGUGGGGCUCAUCGUGGAGACCGCGGCGGCCUCCCCCUCGUCGCCCGCCGCCCACCUGGCGCGCUGUUCCUGAACCGAGCGGGGGGCGGGCUCCCGGGCGCACCCGGCGGUGGGUCCCGGACGCACCAAAGGGUUUCGCGGUCUGGAAUCGAACCGAACCGAAUCGAAUCGGAUGGAACGGAAUGGAACGGAACAAUGAACCAAUUCAUGGCUUCCCUGUUGCACAAAGAAACUAUCACAUAAUGC